AUGUUGAAGGCUUUGCGGAAGUCCAGACAUACUGCGCCUAGCAGCAGCAGAUACCUCACCAACCCCUGCAGCAGCAGCAGAUACCUCACCAACCCCUGCAGCAGCAGAUACCCCACCAACCCCUGCAGCAGCAGAUACCUCACCAACCCCUGCAGCAGCAGCAGAUACCUCACCAACCCCUGCAGCAGCAGCAGAUACCUCACCAACCCCUGCAGCAGCAGCAGAUACCUAACCAACCCCUGCAGCAGCAGAUACCCCACAACCCCUGCAGCAGCAGAUACCCCACCAACCCCUGCAGCAGCAGCAGAUACCUCACCAACCCCUGCAGCAGCAGAUACUUCACCAACCCCUGCAGCAGCAGAUACCCCACCAACCCCUGCAGCAGCAGAUACCUCACCAACCCCUGCAGCAGCAGCAGAUACCUCAUCAACCCCUGCAGCAGCAGAUACCUCACCAACACCUGCAGCAGCAGAUACCCCACAACCCCUGCAGCAGCAGAUACCCCACCAACCCCUGCAGCAGCAGAUACCCCACCAACCCCUGCAGCAGCAGAUACCCCACCAACCCCUGCAGCAGCAGCAGAUACCUCACCAACCCCUGCAGCAGCAGAUACUUCACCAACCCCUGCAGCAGCAGAUACCCCACCAACCCCUGCAGCAGCAGAUACCCCACCAACCCCUGCAGCAGCAGAUACCCCACCAACCCCUGCAGCAGCAGAUACCCCACCAACCCCUGCAGCAGCAGCAGAUACCUCACCAACCCCUGCAGCAGCAGAUACUUCACCAACCCCUGCAGCAGCAGAUACCUCACCAACCCCUGCAGCAGCAGCAGAUACCUCACCAACCCCUGCAGCAGCAGAUACCUCACCAACCCCUGCAGCAGCAGAUACCCCAGCAACCCCUGCAGCAGCAGAUACCUCACCAACCCCUGCAGCAGCAGAUACCUCAUCAACCCCUGCAGCAGCAGAUACCCCACCAACCCCUGCAGCAGCAGCAGAUACCUCACCAACACCUGCAGCAGCAGAUACCCCACAACCCCUGCAGCAGCAGAUACCCCACCAACCCCUGCAGCAGCAGAUACCCCACCAACCCCUGCAGCAGCAGAUACCCCACCAACCCCUGCAGCAGCAGCAGAUACCUCACCAACCCCUGCAGCAGCAGAUACUUCACCAACCCCUGCAGCAGCAGAUACCCCACCAACCCCUGCAGCAGCAGAUACCCCACCAACCCCUGCAGCAGCAGAUACCCCACCAACCCCUGCAGCAGCAGAUACCCCACCAACCCCUGCAGCAGCAGCAGAUACCUCACCAACCCCUGCAGCAGCAGAUACUUCACCAACCCCUGCAGCAGCAGAUACCUCACCAACCCCUGCAGCAGCAGCAGAUACCUCACCAACCCCUGCAGCAGCAGAUACCUCACCAACCCCUGCAGCAGCAGAUACCCCAGCAACCCCUGCAGCAGCAGAUACCUCACCAACCCCUGCAGCAGCAGAUACCUCAUCAACCCCUGCAGCAGCAGAUACCCCACCAACCCCUGCAGCAGCAGCAGAUACCUCACCAACCCCUGCAGCAGCAGAUACCUCACCAACCCCUGCAGCAGCAGCACCAGAUACCUCACCAACCCCUGCAGCAGCAGCAGAUACCUCAUCAACCCCUGCAGCAGCAGCACCAGAUACCUCACCAACCCCUGCAGCAGCAGCAGAUACCUCAUCAACCCCUGCAGCAGCAGAUACCUCACCAACCCCUGCAGCAGCAGCAGAUACCUCACCAACCCCUGCAGCAGCAGAUACCUCACCAACCCCUGCAGCAGAAGCACCAGAUACCUCACCAACCCCUGCAGCAGCAGCAGAUACCUCAUCAACCCCUGCAGCAGCAGCACCGGAUGCCUCACUAACCCCUACAGCAGCAGAUACAUCACUAACCCCUACAGCAGCAGAUACAUCACUAACCCCUACAGCAGCAGAUACCUCACCAACCCCUGCAGCAGCAGAUACCUCACUAACCCCUACAGCAGCAGAUACCUCACUAACCCCUACAGCAGCAGAUACCUCACCAACCCCUGCAGCAGCAGAUACCCCACUAACCCCUACAGCAGCAGAUACCUCACUAACCCCUACAGCAGCAGAUACCUCACUAACCCCUACAGCAGCAGAUACCUCACUAACCCCUACAGCAGCAGAUACCUCACCAACCCCUGCAGCAGCAGAUACCUCACUAACCCCUACAGCAGCAGAUACCUCACUAACCCCUACAGCACCAGAUACCUCACCAACCCCUACAGCAGCAGAUACCUCAACAAGCCUUACCACCCGAUCCCACGGGCAACGUAA